UAUGAAACACCCUCGGAUACGUUUUUUUAACCCUGAAACCCCGGAUGUGAACCAGCUGGUGUUGAACAGUAGAGAUUCUAUAUGUUUUAAGCACUCUGUCAACAUUACAACGAUGACCGAUAAAGAAGAUGUAAUUUCAGUGGAUUAUGAAAUAUUUGGGAGAGUACAGGGCGUCUUUUUUCGAAAAUACACUCAGGCAGAGGGGAAGAAAUUAGGCUUGGUUGGCUGGGUGCAGAACACUGAGGCUGGGACGGUGCAGGGGCAACUCCAAGGUCCAAGCUCCAAGGUCAUACAGAUGCAGGAGUGGCUCAAGACCACUGGCAGUCCUAAGUCACAAAUCGUCAAGGCUGAGUUCAAAAAUGAGAGGAAAAUCGAGAACUUGGGUCAUAAAAACUUCAAAAUUAUUCACCCUUGAAUUUAACGUAACGCUGGCUUUCAUUGUGUUUGCUACAUUCCUCGUGUGUUAAACUUUAUUAUUUAGUAAAUGUGUUUUCAUUGUAAAAUGCCAAUAUGUGAAACAGGUCAUAUAUCGUCACCAGUGUGGUUAUUUAUUAUAAUAAACUGUGAUGCAUUAUUCCUUUUUAUUUCGUGAUAAAGAAAUUCUGGCUAAUAAAAACGGAAAUAUUUAUCCCGAAGGAAUCUGUAUGGUUGUGAGUACUUGGAUUAAUAAAGUAUUCAAACUGUU